AUGUCUGACCCGAAGCCGAUCGACGCGCAGCCAGCGUACCCACGUGCAGUCAUCCAGCACGACGUGGCAGCAGCAGCCUCAGGAUGGAAUGAGAACCUCGAAAGCACCAUAGCCCAGUGCAGAGAGUAUGAGGAGAUCACAGGGGAUGUGUGGGCUACCUACUACCUCCACUGGUGUGAGCAAGAGAAAGUGAAAGGGCCGCCGACCUCGGGUGAGGAGGCUUUGAGUUUCCUCAAGAGCCUGUACCACAUCCGCCGCGCCAUGACCAUUUACGGCCAACCUGACGACCUGAACGUCGGUUACGGCAACACGCCUGGCACAACGACCACCGGUGUCCCUCCCAAGACUUUCCCCCUGAGCUGGGGUGACCGUGUCCCCGUUGCGAUCGAGGUCAACACGGAAGCGACUGCGACCAUCAAGAUUGUCACCAAUGGUCAUGCCCUGGUCACAGUCAGCGCCAGGCAAGGAAAUGACAACAAAAUGGAUCUCAAGAUCCAUGACUCUUCCACGAUCGAAUUCGAGGCUGCGGGCGGUACUGUAACCAGAUGUACGAAGGAGGUGCGAGGGUCCAUGGCGAUUACAGUCAAAAGUUCUGGGACGGUGACAUGGAAUCAGACCCCAUCUCCCGCUGUCAGGGAUGAUGAAAACGACCAGGGCGUGGACGAGCCUUGA